AUGGCGAAGGAGAUCGACUUUUUGGCGUCAGAUGACGAAUUCGACGCUGUGCCUGCGCGUACAGUGCCUGUGAAAACAGGAUUCACUGCUGAUUUGGAGGAUGAUGCUGACAAUGAUGCAGCUUUCAUCGCUGCAGCAGCGCAAAAGCACAAUGUCAAGGCUGGCACACAAGUAGCUAAGCAAGCCAGCAAGGCCAAAAGCAAGGCCAAAGUGGCGAGUGGUAUUGUGAGCGGUGGUGGUAGUUUCCAAAGUAUGGGUCUGCACCCAUCACUUCUUCGUUCCCUUUUGCUACGUGGCUUUACGACCCCCACACCUAUCCAGCGACGAGCCAUUCCUGCGAUUCUUGCACAGCCGCCACAAGAUGUGGUAGCGAUGGCUCGUACUGGUUCCGGUAAAACGCUUUCCUACAUUGUCCCGCUCAUCCAGCGAUUGAAUGGCCGCCACUCUACCUCGUUCGGUAUUAAGUCUAUCAUUCUGUGUCCCUCGCGUGAGUUGGCCUUGCAGAUUCUGAAAGUCGGUAAAGAUUUAGCGCGUGGAUGGCGGUCGGACGAUGAUGCACGUGGCGAAGCUAUUCGUUGGGCGCUUAUUGUUGGUGGUGAAGGACUUGACGAGCAGUUCGCCAUAAUGACAUCCAACCCGGACGUGGUGAUUGCGACGCCUGGUCGUUUGCUGCACUUGGUGGUCGAGAUGAAUCUUGAUCUGAAAUCUGUGGACUAUGUGGUGUUUGACGAGGCAGACCGUCUCUUUGAGAUGGGCUUUGCUGACCAGUUGGAAGAGUUACUUCGCCGCUUGCCAUCGACGCGCCAGACUCUGCUUUUUAGUGCUACCCUGCCCAAAUCGCUGGUGGAAUUUGCCCGAGCAGGUUUAGAAACGAAUCCUAAGCUGAUUCGUUUGGAUGCUGAUCAAAAAAUCAGUCCUGAUUUACGCAUGGCUUUCUUCAGCGUGAAGCCCGCGGAAAAGGAAGCUGCGUUGCUGUACCUCUUGCGCGAGGUCAUUCGUGUGCCUACAGGUGAGCACGCUGAAGAGGAUGAAGAUUCUGGCUCAUCUAAGAAACGCAAGCGUCUUAAUCCCGUGGAUCAGCUACGACCAUACCAGACGAUCAUUUUCUGUGCGACAAAGCAUCAUGUUGAAUACUUGCUCCUCCUUUUAACCACCAUGGGCUAUGCUUGCUCACACAUUUACUCGUCCCUUGAUCAAGCCGCCCGUUCUAUCCAGAUGAAUCGGUUCCGUGCUGGUCGGACUUCUUUGUUGAUUGUAACGGACUUGGCUGCCCGCGGUAUUGACUUGCCUGUGCUGGAGCAUGUGGUCAACUAUGACUUCCCGCCACAAGCCCGUAUAUUUGUGCAUCGAGUCGGUCGUACCGCCCGUGCAGGACGUCGUGGUUGGGCUUGGAGUCUAUGUACGCAUACGGAGCUGCCAUACUUGUGUGACUUGCAAUUGUUCCUUGCGCGCCCUCUUGUCUCCUCCCAUACGAUUCAGCAGACGGAGCCGUAUGAUCUUCAUUCAUCGAUGGUGCUUGGCACGUUUCCGCGUGAGGCGCUGGAUGAAGGUAGUGAGACCAUUCGACAUGCUAUGCAAGAAUCGUCUGCUACUGCGACAGCCUAUGAAGGCCUCGUGGGCGUUGUAAAGCGUGCGCAUACAAUGUACAUGCGUUCGCAGCCAAAAGCCAGCUCGGAAAGCUAUCGUCGUACGAAAGACAUGCUCAAGGCAGCUGAACGAAGUGCGAUGACAGGCACCACAGGCACAGGUUGGGCACUGGCAGGGCACCCACUUGAGACGGCGGGUGUGCAUGAUGUGCUGCAGCGCCCUGAUGUAUACCAACUAGCGUCAGCCGAUGAUGUGAAGCGGGCCCGUACACAUGCCGAUCCCCUGGCGGGUGCACGCGCUGCCUUGCUGGCCAAGGUGAAUGCGUUCCGGCCUGGAGAGACAGUGUUUGAGAUGGGCGCUCGUGGCCAACAAAUGCCCCUGGCUCGUUUGAUGCAAGAUCGUCGACGUACAUUGGAUUCGAAGCAGCAGCGCGCUCGUGCUAUUGAGCUGGCCAAGGCUGGGGCUCCUACGGAGGCAGGAGAUAUAUCGAUCACGGAUGAUAUGCCGUCUCAGCCUGGUGUGGUGAGUGAGGCGGCGGACGAAGACGAUAUUGCCUCUGUAUUUGAUACAGGUAAGAGCUUCCGUGAUCCUAGUGUGUAUAUGGACUAUGAACAGCGCGGUGCGGCUGAGGAGCGUGGCUACUCCCUCGGUACAUCGUUUGCUGAGCAAGCUAAGCAUGUCGCCGUGGAUAUGGGUGGCGAUGACAUCGGUCCUGGUCAUGCGAACCAACGACCAAAUCAGCGUCGCUGGGAUACCAAGAAGAAGAAAUUCGUCAUGGGCGAUGGCACUGGAUCUGACAACCAAAAGCUUAUUCGCACUGAGACAGGACUCAAGUUGCCUGCCAGUUUCCGUUCUGGCCGCUUUGAUGAAUGGCGCAAGACACAGAAAGUGGAGCUUCCUCAUGUGGGUGAAGAUGAGAGUGCGAUGCCUGCCUCGGCACGUCGUAUGGUGGCGAAUGUGCAGCAAGGCGGUGGUCCCCGCCGUCGUGGCUUUUUCCACACGCAAACCAAGGCGCCCAAGCCAUUGGAUAAGCUACAAUAUGACUACAAGAAGAAGAAACAGGCGCGCGAGCGUAAGGGAGGUAAGGGUAUGGCCCAAGCCAAGAAUGAGCUCAAGAGCGCUCGUCAAAUCCAGCGCGAGCGUGAGACAAAAGAAAAGCGUCGCGCAAAGAAUGCUCGUCCUACCAAGCGACGUCGCUAA